GCCUGUAGAAUCUGCAGGACGAGGAGCAGGACGAGGAGGAUGAUGGAGAUGAUGUCGACGGGGACCAGGAUAUCGCCUCCGAUGACGAUGAACUCAUAUCUGACGACGUUACGGAGGGAGCUGUCACCUUUCCAAACAACGCAACAGGCGGUGCUUCAGCUACAACAUCCACUGAUCCCUAUCAGCCGGCCAUGGUGAACAACCAGACCUCCGUCGCUGCUCCAACUGUCGCCAUGCCCGACGCUCAGGAAGAGAGCGAGAACGCCGCGGCAGAUCCAGAGGCCGAGCAGGUUAUCCACGAUGCAGAGAUGGCCGACGCCGGUGGAGACGAUGCUACUGCUGACGACGACGUCGCUGCUGGGGUUGAAACCAGUGAUGUGACCGCUUCCUCCGAGCCCCGAGUUAUCGUGGUCAAGCCGAAUCAGAAGUGGCGCCACGUCUCCAAGUUCAUGCACCUCACGCAGUGUCCUCCCCAGGGCAACCUCUUCCUGCUCUCUAAGCAGCUCAACAUCGAGGCCAAGACGUGGUUCUACGACGUGGCCACUCUCACCAUCAACGCCACCACUUCUUUCUCUCAUUUCACUUUCUUCGAGCUUGCUCUGACUAAGCUCGCCGAAGCCCCGUUCUCGCCCAUGGAGCAUAUCAAAAACGCCGAGAUCAUUUUUGUCUGGGAUUCGACAUGGAUUCGCGCCGAAGAGACCGGCUUCGCCGGAGCUGUCUUUCCAGUCCUCCUCAAGAGCCGUGUCGACUUCAUCCUCGAAAUUUUGCUGCGCGCGCCUGAGCUGGAGAAGCUCAAGAUCAUCUGGCACGACUCUGCGCAAGACGAUGGCGCUAUGCAACUGCGUGCUGAUACGCUGGAGCCGUUUAUCAUGAACCUCAAGGCGGUCGUUGAGACGGAGGACCACUACAUUGCGCCGGAUGCGAAGCCGCGUGCUAGCAGCCGUGCGGGCAAGCAGCGGCUCGAGUUCAAGACAUUGUUCGACAAUGGCUGUGAAACGUUCUAGCAUCGCGCGAAGCAGUGCAGAAUCAGUUGCAGUCUGUGGAUCGUGAAAACCUUCACCGUCGAUGGGAGGUCUUCAGUCGGCUUUAUGAGCGGUUCUGUCUUCGGCUUCGGCCGCGUUAUUUGGCAUGGUGACGGGGUUCUGGAGAUGGUUUACACCGUGGUUUGGCGUGCAUGGAAUACACAGAUUACAUGCACUGGAAUACGAGAGCGCGGGACAUGAUACCCCGAGCAGCGAGAUCGCUAGCUGGCAAGCAAGCUGGCAUGCUUGAAUUACAUACAUGGCAAUCCUGACUGUUCACUA